AUGAGUGGUUACGAUAGAGCAUUGUCGAUUUUCUCACCCGAUGGACACAUUUUUCAGGUAGAGUACGCCCUGGAGGCUGUGAAAAGGGGAACAUGCGCGGUUGGAAUCAAGGGGACGGAUUGUGUGGUAGUAGGAUGUGAAAGAAGGUCGACUUUGAAGUUGCAAGACCCUCGUAUUACGCCGUCAAAGAUCUCCAAAAUCGACGCCCAUGUGGUUCUCUCGUUUGCUGGACUGAAUGCUGACAGUCGAAUUCUCAUCGAAAAGGCUCGUGUGGAGGCACAGUCGCACAGGCUAACUCUGGAAGACCCAAUUUCCGUCGAUUAUUUGACAAGAUACGUAGCCGGAGUACAACAGAAAUAUACACAGUCCGGUGGUGUUCGUCCGUUCGGUGUAUCUACACUUAUUGCGGGGUUCGAUUCUAACGACAGUACGCCGAAGCUGUAUCAGACAGAGCCCAGUGGGAUCUACUCCGCCUGGAGCGCCCAAGCAAUUGGCAGAAACAGCAAGACGGUACGCGAGUUCCUCGAGAAGAACUACGUGAAAAAUGAACCUCCAGCAACUGAGAAGGAUUGCGUCAAGCUGACUGUGAAGGCACUACUUGAAGUGGUGCAGACUGGUGCGAAAAACAUCGAAAUCACCGUGGUGCGUCCAGGAUCGCAAAUCUCCAACCUUUCGAGCGAAGACAUCGGCAAAUACGUGGACGAGAUCGAGCAGGAGAAACAACAGGAGCUAGAAAAGAAGAAGAAGAAGCGCGGCGAGAACUAG